AUGCAAGAAUGCAACCCAACCUCGAUUCCAACUGAGCCUAGAUUACAACUGUCGAAUGACACAAAUGAAGAUGAUAUUGAUCCAGCACAAUACAGAAGACUCAUUGGGUCACUUCGAUACAUUUGUCACACAAGGCCUGAUCUAGCAUACAACAUAGGUAUGGUGAAUAGAUUCAUGCAUACACCAAAGGUAUCACACCUAGCAAAGACAAAGAGGUUAAUAAGGUAUCUGAAAGGAACUCUCGACUAUGGAAUUUUGUUUCCUAAAGCUGGUGAAGGAAAAGAGUGCAACCUAAUGGGUUACACCGAUUCAAGUUGGUGUAGUGAUGUUGAUGAUAAAAAAUCCACAGAUGGCUAUUUGUUUAUGCUAGGUGGUGCAUCGGUUGCUUGGGGUUCAAGAAAGGAACCAAUAGUAGCAUUGUCAUUGUGUGAAAUAGAGUACAUAGUUUCUUCUCUUUAUGCAUGUCAAGAAACAUGGAUAGUGAAUUUGAUAGAAGAUGCAAGACCCUAA